GUUUUCUGUGUAGUUGUGGCAAUAAACAUACGUACAUGAACGUACAUGUUCUGUUGAGAACAUUCUUAUUUGGUUUUGAAUGAGCAGUAGGCGAACGGUAUUUACACUCAUUGAAUGAGUAUCUACCGUUAAUGCAAAGAACGCAGAGUUGAAACUGAAAACUUUCAAAAAUUAGUUGAAAUCAAAUUUGCAAUUUGUGUAAAAGCAAGAAAUUGGACAAACAAUGAACACUAUACACGAAGUGCCAAUCGGUGAUCUCAAUGGCAACGAAGCCACGACUAUUGCGAGUGUAGUGUCUACCACGAGUCUCUCUAAUGCCAGCAGUAUUUCCAGCACCAGCAACAGCACCAAAGUCACCAUCAACUCCAGCAGUGAUACGUCGGUGCCGCAGACAGCGAAGUCACAGGACGACUCAACCACAACAACGACAACAACAGCAACAACAAACGGUGAGUCCAAAAACGCAGCGGAUAAGAGCAACCAAAACGAAGCUGACGCUCCAGCAACCAGUAUAAGCAAUAAGGAUGCAACAACUUCCACCACAACAACGGCAAUCGUCAAUGGUAACACGAAGAGUUUACGCAACGAUCUCAGUGAGGAUCUGAAAAUAAUCGGCCAUUUGAAGAAUAUCGAGAAGAUCAAUGAGAAGCGACGACUCUUUCUCAACAACACCAUCAGCGAGUACACGAUCGAUGAGAAGACCGAAACGGAAACCAAGACACAGACGAUUAAUGGCGCCGAAACGGUACUUAGCGAGACGCGUAUACACACACGCGAAGAGCAACAAAAUGUUGGUGGCCACAAAUUGGGCAGCAGCAGUGCAACCGAACUCAAUGGUCAUACAAAGGCGACAGCCGCAAACUUUUCAGCUACGAAAUAUGCAACACUACCGCGUUCGCCCGGUACGCCACCACCCAAGCCGCCUAUGUUGAGUCGUACACGUAGCAUUGGUAUUGGUGAUCAGCGCUCGUACUCCGCCACCUCGGUGCCAACCACGCCAACCAAAGCAGUAGCCACAACAACCCCAGCAGCAAUAGCAGUGCCGCCAACAAAUGCAAGCGCAGCGCUUGCACCGAUUGCUACACCCACACCAACAACAAUUUCAUCACCCACAUCACCUUUGGCAGCCGCGGCUGCCUUGAGCCCGCAAAGCUCGCCAACUAAGAAAGCCACAACUUUGAUAACGAGCGCUGUCUUGCCGGAACCGAUCAAAGUGGCCACUGUACAGCUGCGUGAGGAGCCGGUUCCGACUAUGCGUCGUGUGAUGGAACGACCGGUCUCACUGUCACCGGAGGCGCCCAAGCAGAUUUCAAUAAAUCACUAUGAACGUCUGAUUGAGGAACUCAAGUGCCCUGGUUGUGCCUAUCCGAUGAAGUCACCGAUUUUGUUAUGCAAGACGGGUCACAGUAUCUGCCAGCAAUGCACUCGCGUGCUCUUACUCUGUCCGCUGUGUAAGGAGCCCUUCACCACUAUACGCUCUCUCACUGUCGAAGCGCUGUGCUCCAAGGCGCAUUUCCGUUGCUCGAAUGCCUCGGGUGGCUGUACAGUGCGCCUGCAAAUCGAUCUGCUGAGCUGGCACGAGAAGCAAUGCAUCUACAAGCCGAUGAAAUGCUUUAUGGGACGUGUGUGGGGCGAUUGCGAAUGGGCGGGUCGCGAAGCACACUGGAAGGACCAUCUGGAGAAGGAUCAUGCCGAUAAGGUGUUCACCACAGAAACGACCGAUAUGAUUUGGAAUAUGGGCGUGAAGCAGAAACCGCUUACCGGUUACUAUGUUUUUAUUGUGUUCGAUGAGAUGUUUAAUUUCUAUGAAGUGCACGAUAAGGAGCGCAUACUAUUCACCAUGGCCUGCACAUCGACUGUGAAGGAGAAGAAACAUAAUUACGCCUUCGAGGUGACAAUUGUACAUCAGGAGAAUGAAGCCAUAGCCAUAACGCAGAAGUAUCCGGUGCAUAGUGAGUACGAUAAGGACAUAUUGGCGGAGGGCACUUGCAUUAGCAUGUCACUAACGGAUCUGGCGAAAUUCAUCGAUGAAGAUCGGUUACUGCAUUACCGCGUUCGCAUUGUGGAGAUAAAGACACCACGUAAAGUGCGAAAUUCGCUGCGCAACAGUCCCCAUACCGGCAUACAUCCGACCGAUUUCCAGCAGACACAAAUCGAGGGUGUUAAUCUGAAGGGUGUGCCAGCGGAGGUGAUUGUUACACGUAAAUUGGAUGACAUACCAUUUGCGGAUAACGGUACUGCCGACACACCGCACAGCGGUGGUGCACACUCGGCUGAAGGCGUGAGUGAAACUGAAGGUGAGCGGGUAAAAGUUAAAAGCAUUUACAAAGGAAAAUUUUCCAGUAAUGAAAGCGGCUCCGAAAGCGAUCCGGAAUUCGAAGCUUUUAUAGCGAAGAAAUGGGGCACACCACAAUUACAUUUUAAUAGAAAAUUUUUGAAAAACAAUUCCAAUGAGAGUAAUUCAACUGAUGAGGCCAGCAGUUUGCAGAGACUUGAUCGCAGAUUCGUGCCGGAUGAUAAAAUUUCAGUGACCAGUACCAGUACGAGCUACAAGAAGCGUGUAACGAACUCGCUGCGUAAAAGUUUCCGUGGCUUUAAGACUCCACAGAUAUUUAAUAAGAAGACGGCUACCGAUCUAAAAGACAGCAAAAUUUUUACAUAUAUGCGUAGAUGUGUUACAAAACUCAAGGAUUUGUAUUGAUGCCAAUAAUGGAUUUUGGUUUUUGUGGUUGUUUCUUAAGCACUAAUGUACAUAUGUGUACAAUAAGAAAUUACAGCAAAAAUCAGUAUCCACACAUCUUAUGAGUACGUAUUAGUUCCAAAUUUAAUAAUACAUAUUUAUGUAUGUAUCUAUGUGUGUAUUUAAUACAAUAAAUAUUAAAAAACAAA